CGCUACAAACCAUACCCUGGGAAGUAGUAAUGGGUCGUGCUUCGCGCCCCGAGAGUUCUAGGGCCAGGGAGGCCGCCGCUGCUCAGAAUAGGCGUGAGGAGCGGUUGGCAAGUAACAGCGCUGCCAGUGGCUCCGCUGACGGGGGAGAUGCGACAGGGGAGGAUACCGAAUCGGCAUGGGUUCUUCCGGAUGGGAUUCCUGUUGACGAGGCGAGAGGGCGGAUGACCGUUGCCAAUGUCAACCGGAUAAAGCGGAUGUUUCGGUUGCCCGGCGCGGUUAAACUGCGUCCACCGACGGUGGAUGAAAAGGCUUCAAUUCUUCGCCCGGGGUUUGCCGCUGUGCAUGAGGCAAUAUUCCGCCAGGGAGUGACACUACCGCUCGUGCCCAGUCUUCAGAUCUUGGUGUGCGAGUUCGGCCUAGCCUUUGGGCAAGUCUGCCCCAACAUGUGGCGAUUGAUGUUGGCGAUGACUUCGCUGUGGCGGUUGUCCGGCUGUGAGGGACCAACCGUGGCGGAGGUGCUGCAUUUCUAUGAGCUGACGUAUGUGAAGCGUCAGGGCUGCGGAGGUCAAGUGAACCUAAGUCGCCGCCAGGGAGCCCCCAAGUUGAUAGAGAACCUGAGGGAUUCUAUGUCGUAUUGGCGGGACACCUUUUGCGUUGCCACGACGGGGUGGGAAUAUCAGGAGGAAUCCAAUGACGGGGAACCGGCGUUUAGGAUUAAGUCAGAGUUCCAACCUAUCCGAGGUGUGGGCUUGCGCUACAACCUGACUCGUGAAGAAGAGUGUCGUGUGGCGCGCAUCCAAGGUUGCUGGCGGAAUCGCAAUUUGUUGGACUUUCGCCUACUUACCGGUUGGGAGCUGUUGGUCGAUCAACGAUUGACUCGCGCCGUUGAGACGCCGCCAGGUAACGCUAGGAGCCGUGACGCCUUUGCCAAAGCCAUGGACCGCGCGGAGAUUGACAACUUUUUGGAGGCCAUGUAUGCCUCAGGGGAUGCGGCUCAAAGGACAGUGAUAGAUCCGGUGACGCUGGCGGUGAGCCCAUCCGAGGUUCCGGUGGUGCUGCCAAUGCCGCUGCACUCCCACCUUGGCGCCGACGGCCUACCCGUUGUUCAGACGGGUGCCAAUGUGGGGGGUGGAAAGAAGGGGUCUGGCGCCGCGCCGCAGACAGAGAGAGUGCCCAACGUGUGACGUG